AUGAGUUAUAUGCUGGGACAUUUACACAACGGAUGGCAAGUAGACCAAGCAAUUUUGUCUGAAGAAGAUCGCGUAGUUGUGAUAAGAUUUGGACAUGACUGGGACCCUACCUGUAUGAAAAUGGACGAAGUGUUGUAUAGUAUCGCGGAAAAAGUAAAGAAUUUUGCUGUCAUCUACCUGGUGGACAUCACUGAGGUUCCAGAUUUUAAUAAAAUGUACGAGUUAUAUGAUCCCUGCACGGUGAUGUUCUUCUUUCGUAACAAACACAUUAUGAUAGAUUUGGGCACCGGUAACAACAAUAAGAUCAAUUGGCCUCUAGAAGACAAACAGGAGAUGAUCGACAUCAUCGAGACAGUGUAUCGUGGUGCUCGCAAAGGCCGUGGUCUUGUAGUGUCGCCUAAAGACUAUUCAACUAAAUACAGAUACUGA